AACGGUGCUACAUGUGAAAAUAUACAUAAUACAGUCAAGGCCUAAACAUGAAUGCCCAACUCAACACAGUAUUCCUUCAAGAGAGUCACGCAAUGCUGAGCAGAAGUAAAUCCAGAUCCCUUUUAGAACUUCAGAGGAGACGCCAAAGAGACAACCGUCUUAACCGCCUCGGGCGUAUAACGGAAGCGGAAGUGAAAAUGAUGAGCCUUCCAUCAACCACCUGUCAAGAGGUCAACAGUGCUGCAGCUAACAGUACAAAAGACCAUAAUAUCCCCAAACAAAAUAAUAAAAUCAGCAAUAACUUCUACAUCAAGACCUCAGACACCAAAGCUUACGGGUCUCUGCUUUCAUGCCCCCAGACUUUACAGGUUUAUCCCAAGUCCAUGUGUCCCAACAUUGAAAAUCAUCUUGUGAGAAUUUACCUUGACAAAAUUGCUCUUCCUUUGGCCUGCCCCACCUGCUGGAGUUUACAGAGAAAUGCAUAACUUGUUUGAAAGCUACAAAUAUAACACUGAUAUUCUGA